GUUAUAUACACGAGGAGAAUAAAUAAUCAUAUACGUCAUAUCUUUGUAGUAUGUAGGGUUUGGUUUCCUCUUCUUAAGUUUCUGUUUCCUUUUUAGAUCGUUUUAGAGUUUUAAAGAGACACGAUUAAUAAGGAGUAACGGAAAAUAUAUAAAUUUAAAUUUUUUCAUAGUUUUCUUAUAUCGUUGAAAGGACUGAGUCUGUUAUGGACAUGGUGAUUACAAAUCUACAACAACAACGUAUGAUCACGGAGCAAUUGCGCCGUGAAGCUGCAAUCAAGCGCAUAAUGGUGAGCAAAGCCAUUGAAGAUAUUAUGAAGUACAUUACUGAACACGAGCAAGAGGAUUGUCUCUUGGUUGGUUUCUCAUCGCAGAAGUCUAAUCCCUUUCGUGAAAAAAGCUCAUGCUCCAUUCUGUAAUAUUUCAUGUUUAUAAUUGAAGUUUUCAAUUGUGUUUGAGCUCUAAUUUCAUUUAAAUUAUUCAUGAAAAUAUUAAAGAUAUCCUAUUUUUAGUAUAACUAAUUGUUUAUAAUAUUGAUUAAUAUGGCUUCCAAAUUAUAUCACAUAUUAUUAUAAAUAAUCAGGAAUUCAUACGCAUAGCUAUAUGUUAAAUUAGAAAAGUGUUGCAUAAAAUGAUAACUUUACAAUAUUUCUUUUUGCCUCAUGUUUACAUACAAAUUUAAAAAAAGAGAAAAUGUUAUACAUACGUCUAAAACUAUCUAAAUUUUAAUAUAAUAUUUUACAUAUCAACAUUUUCAUGUAAAUAACUUUGAAGAAAAUAUGCAAUUAUAUUAAUGUUAUUGCCGUCUUUCAAAAUACAACGAUUUUAUAUAAUAUUGAAAAAUGUUCCAUGCUUGUAACAAUAAGUACAAAUAACUUUGAAGAAAACCUAUAAUGUAUGAGGUUAUAAUGACAAUAAAUCAUUUAUAAGAAAA